AAUCACAUCGUCGAUGAUUUUCUGGAUUUGAGCUCUUGUAACCAUAAACUCUUGUGUGUUUUCAUAUGUAAUGGUACACCAUCAUUUUCUUGAACUCUCUUCCAAAUUCCAAUGGACUAAAAGUGAGGAAAUACCACAACUAUUUUUUAUGUUUUGAAUUUUGUUAUCGCUAUCACGCAUACUUUUGUUUGAUGCUGGUCUGUAAUAUACUGUUAUAAGAUAAGGUCUGAUUUUUUUUAAAUCUAGAUCGUGCUCAUAGAUUGUAGUGUGCGGUUUUUAUCCUUUGGUUUUAAAACAUACCCAAACAAGUUGGCUUACUUUGAGUUGCAACACUUAGGGGGAAUUUACUGUGACUGUGAAUUAUAAACUGAUUGAUAAAGAUAAUCCAAGUUAAUCCACUGUUUCCCUUUUGGAAUUGAUUAUUUUAAAGUUUGUUUGACCAUCAUAUCCUUCAAUUACUAAAUCCUAUGUUUUAUCGAUCUAUCUUAUCACACCAAGUAAACACCCCUUUAGUGGCUUGAAGAAUAAAAGUUAAUAAACAUGCCUCUAAAGAAAAUUCCACUUAGGAAACUUAUUAUUGUUUUUACUUUAUUUUGUAGUAUGGUUUCCAUCUUCAUAUGUUGUUUUGUGAUCUUCAUAUACAAAGUUAUAUAGGAGUACUAUAUGUUGUAUCAGUGUUUGAGUAUAUUGAACAGAGAAAAGUAAAACGAUCCAUUCUUUAUUCUCUUUAAGUCGGACUCUUCUGUGUGAUUUGUCUAGUUUACUUAUCUUUAGCAUGAUAUAUUCUCGUUAUCGUAGAUUAUAGGCCGAGAUGUCAUGAAUACCAGUAGUAGUGUUUGCCUCUAUAACUCUGGCUGAUGCAACUUCUGUUGAUUAGCUCCUUUGUUUAAGCAUUCAUAAUUGAUGCUUUUUAAACAGAUUUCAAUGGUUUGUGCUUUGUAUGCUUGUUGAGAGUAAUACUAUAAAUUAGGAAACUGAAAUAUACUCAUUUAACAACUCAACAGUGCAUAAGUGUAACAGAUAGUGAAAGCUUUGAUAUCUUUGAUGUGAUAUAAGAUGAUAUUUUCUGACUCAGAUGAUCUUUUCUAUUUGUAGUUUAGUCACAGUUUUCUUUGAUGCUUGGCUGAAUCUGAAAAUGAAAAUGAAAUGUAGUGCCUGAUUAAGAUUCCAAACUUGCAAAAUUGAAUAUUUGAAUGGUUCCUAAUUUUCUCAGAUUGGGGUUGAAAGAUUCAGAGCUUCAACUUUAAUUAGUUGUAUGUCUAUUUUGAUGCUGUCACUAGUUCUGUAACACAAGAAUAGAUUAAUGCUUUGACUGUUAACUGAAAACAUGUCUUGUUUGGGGGUCUUUCCAUUUUUUUUUUUUGCAGUUUGUUUCAAGAAAAUAUGAUGAGGAUAUUAAAUUACCAGAAUUUAUUGUGAUGUGAUUUAGUUGCUAUAAUUGUUGGUAGCUACAUUUCGUGAGUUUGCUCCUAACACAUUAAAAAUUAGUUUACAUAAAUUAAUUUUACAAAUUAUAGAAGAAUUAAAGCCAAGUUUGUUCUUUUAUUAAUUUAUUUGGAGUUAGAAAGAAAAUUAACAAAUCAAAUUAUUACCAUAUUAUGAUUUUAAAAAAAUAAUGCCACCAACAAUAACUUGUAAAGCAAUAAAAUGAAUUACUAGAAGAAAAGCUCAAGGCCUUUUAAUAUGCGAUUUACUGGAAAAUAGAAAACAUUAUAUAUGUAACAAAACCAAUUUAAUCCCGAACCAAAUUAUUUUGGCCACAAUUUUAUUCUUAUUCAUGGUUAUAUACUGGAAACUUCUACUAAUAAAUUUUAAAAUUUUAAAGUGUGAUUUGUGAUUUCAUUAUUCCAAAAUACAAAGUAGCAUUAUUUUGUCGCGCAGCCGUCUUAGCUCAGCUGGUAGAGCGCGUGGCUUUUAACCACGUGGUCGUGGGUCGAUUCCCACAGUUUAACAAUUUUUUAUUUUUCUGUUAAAAGAAAGUCGAUUUUUUUCUAAUAAAAUUGGCUCCUCCAAUGUGUGUAUAUAUAUAGUAUUCACUAGUUGCAACUCAUUACUAUUAUUAGGAAAAAAAAGAAUAUCUCUCUCUGCAAUAAGAAUAUUAUGGGUGAUCAUCAAAUAUUCUUAGCAGACAUGGAAAACUACAAACACUAUUUUCCUUCACCUUCACCAGAUGUCCAAUUCAACACCUAUUCUUCAAGCUUCACAAAUCACUAUUUGCCACAACCAUUAAACAACAUUGAUCAUACUCACCCCAAGAGGAAAUCACCGGAUAUCGUAACUUCUUCGCCUCAGCUUUCUGAUACAAGCAACAAUAAAGGGAAGAAAUCGAAACGAGAGAAGACGAAAGAGGAGGUAGUUCAUGUUAGAGCCAAGAGAGGCCAAGCUACUGAUAGUCACAGUUUAGCAGAGAGAGUGAGAAGAGAGAAAAUUAAUGAAAGGUUAAGAUGCUUGCAAGACAUUGUACCAGGAUGCUACAAGAGCAUGGCAAUGUCAGUGAUGCUGGAUGAGAUCAUAAAUUAUGUGCAGUCCUUGCAAAAUCAAGUGGAGUUUCUUUCCAUGAAGCUCACGGCGGCGAGUGCUUUUCACGACUUCAACUCCGACGAAGAUGCUUUGGAGAUAUUGCAGAGAGCAAACAUACAAAAUGGACCACCUUCUCAUUCUGCUCCAUUAGGAUUCAACUUUGAAUAUUACCCUCAAUUUCCACACAACAUGUGAAGAUAUAUUCCACUUUAUUAUUGAUUGGUUACCAUUUUUUUUUAAUUUACUGAUUUUAAUUUGUACACAAGAGAUGCAGAGUCAACAAGAGAUAUACAUAAUUGUAUCCAUUUCAUACACUUGAUUUGAUGAUAUAUUUAAGAGUACAUAAAACUGAAUCCUGAUUGA